AUGGUUUUGGUUGUGACGUCACUUGGCUCUAACUUUUCUGUAGAGGGCGACGAUAUUGUUGGAGAACUAGUGCUUGAUGUGGUGCUAUUGCCACCUAUGGAUAACCUUAAAGAGCUAAUCUCUUUCUUUUCUGUGGACGACUCUAUCGUUGUUGGGUUAUUCGUGUCGUCUGGUACAACUACUUCUACAACAAUUGCGGUUUCUGUCGUAGUACUGGUACUUAUAAGGUGUUCUACUGUUUUAAACCCAGAGGUGUCGUCUACUCCCUCAGUCACACCUGGAAAUUCCUCGGGGAUAUCUGGAUUUUCAGUAGUUCUUGCUCGUUCAAAAGUUUUUGGCAAUAAAAACGUGGUUGAAAGUGCAGAUGGGGAUGUUGUUGCUGACGAAGGGGAUGGAGUGAUUGUGCUGGGUAUUUCGGACCUUUCCGGAGUGAGGGUGAUGGAUGACGCUGUGGUCGCAGAACCAGAUGAAGUAGCAACAGGGACCUUAGAUGAUUUACUGGUUUCUUCUGGAGUAGAUGGAGUGGAGCCUAUUGUUUUCGCAGUAGUCUCGGUAGGUUGUGAUGUUGUGAUGAUAGUCUCCCCGGAACCUUCCGUUUCGGAAGUGAUUGCUUCUUGGGUAGAAAGUGUUGUGGCGCCCUCACUUUCUUCGGUCAGAGUUAUUUUCACUCCGAUCGCGUCCGUGCUGGGAGAAACUGUCGCCUCGAUACCAGAUGUGCUACCAAUUUUUCCUCCUGUUGUUGCUUCUGACGGUGGACUACUUGAAUCCUCCACGCUACUUCGAAUGGAAGUGACCUCUGGAGUUCGGGUGCUGGUAGUGCUAAUGCCUGCUGUUGACACCCCUGACAAGGCAGAUGUAGUGCGUUUUUCCGAAGUAAAAGUGCCAGAAACAGCGCUUUCUGGCGAUGGCCUGAUGCUUCCCAUAACUGAGGACGUCACGCUAGUUCGUUUUUGGCUGCUGACUGUUCCGGCUGAGAGAGUCACUUCUGGGAAAGGUGUACUGGAUUUGUCCUUUGCGCUUGUCUCAGCUGUGCUGCUGAUUCCUUCUUCGCCGGGAAUUGCGCUUCUGGUAGAAGUGACUUCAGCUGUGGACAGAGUUGAACCACUAGCAGGACCUGUGGUCGUACUAUCAGUGGCACUAACUGUCGUUGAGGUAGCGCUUCCUGUGACAGAAGUUGUGCUGAUCGCUGUUGAAGAGCUUGUUGUUCCUGUCGCUGAAGUGGUGGAGGUGCUUCUAGAACCCGCUGAAGUAACAUCAGUACUGCUUUCAAAGCUACCAGAGCUAAUUGUUGACAGAGGAGGGACUCGAAAUUCCGGGGAAGAUGUGCCGGUGCUCAUCUGUGCUAACAUACUAGUACUACUAGCAGUCUCGGUCACGCCUGUUGCAGUGCUGCUCGUCAUCUCACUGAAUCCAGCGCUUGAAGUGACUGUACUGGAGCUGGUAAGUUUUGCUGUUUCUGGAGUCCGUUCCGAUGUUGUAGAAGUAGUGGUGUCGGUCCCUCCGGAUGGUGUGCUACUCAUCUCUUCACUACCACCCGUCCGCGCAGUGAUUGUGCUGGAGCCGAUUACUUCUGUUCCUUCUGAAGUUUGCUCCAACGUAGUAGAUCCAGAGGUGCCGGUAAUUCCUGGCGGUGUGCUACUUGCGUCCUCGCUGCCAACCCUUCCUGAACUUACUGUGGCUUUUGAAAAUGGCUUAGUAGUCUCUGUCCCUUCUGAAGUCUGUGCGAAUUUACUAGACCCGAUGGUGUCGGUCACUCCUGAUGGUGUGGUACUUGUCUUCUCAUUGCGACCCGUUUCCGGAGUGUCUGUGGCUUUUGAGAGGGGACCGGCAACAUCCGCUCGCUCUCGAGUGGAUGGCAGAGUAGAACCAGCAGGCACGGUCACCCCGGAUGGGGUGCUGGUGGUCUUCUCACUGACACCCGUCCUUGAACCAACUGUGGUCCGUGAGGAAGGACCGGUAACGCCUGUUCCUUCUAAAGUUGUACCAGUUACUUCACCUUCAGAAGUUGGUAUGAUGGUGGUAAGGUUCAAUGAAAUUGGUCUUAUCGUGGUAGUCCUGGCGGAACUACCUGUUGUUGAGGUAGAUGCAAUUUCCGAGGAAGUCGUGCUAAUGGAACUAGUUCCAAACUCUCCUGGCGACACCGAAGUGAUACGUGUAGCUUCAGCGCUUCCUGUACUAGGCUUGGUCACACCCGUUGGAAAAGUGCUUGUGGCACCGAUUCCUGAUGUUGAUUUCGAACUUGAGCCUUGUGCUCCUUCAGUGCUGGGGGUGAUUGUCACUUCCGAUGCAGGUACCACAGUGCUUUGUUCUCCUGUGGUUGUUGCGGUUUGUUCCUCUGGACCGGGUGUCCUGGUAGGGAGUACGCUAAUGCCCGAAGUGCUCGUGGAUGACGCUGUGAGUGGUGUCGUGUCAGAUUUGCCUCCAACGGUAGAACUCUCUAUUGAGCUCACUGUGGUGAGGAUGGUGCCAGAAGACGAUGACAUAGUUGUGCUAAUCCCUUCUACGUUAGAACUCUCAGAUGGGAUUGCUGUGCUUGUGACAGACGACACAUUGAACGAUGAUGUUGGCUGUGGUGAUAAAGUCGUGCCGGUGCUGGAUGGUUCACCUUCAGUGGUUGAUAGUGUGUCCGCUGGUUGA